AUGGACUGUUUGCGUGCGCCAGCGCCAUUUCUAGUGGCGCCAGGACGGCCGACCACGCCCUGGUCCCAGUGGCUGGGCGAGUUCAGGAUUUUCGCCGUGGCGAGUGGUUGGGACGAGUGGACUGUGCAGCGACGAGAGGCCCUCCUGUUACACUGUGUGGGACAGGAGGCGCGGCGUCUCUAUUUCGCGGCGGCGAAACCGGCGCAGGGCGUGGCACCGGGAGCGCAGGAGGCGGCGAUUCCGGCGCAGGAGGAAGAUGGUGUCAAGGAGGAAGGACAACCGACUGCAGCAGUCGACCCGGUGGCUGCGAUCUCUGCAGUGUUUCGGCGGCUGUUUCCGGAGACACGAGCGACUCAUUCGGAGAGAAUGCUGUUCCGGCGGUGUUACCAGCUGGACAGGUCUCCAGCGGUGUACCGUACUGAGCUGCAGGACCUGAGUUCCAGAUGCGCCUUCGGCGAACUCCAGGAGCAGCUGAUCUGUGAGCAGUUCAUCGAGGGCUGCAGGGACGACAGGUUGAGAGAGCGGCUGUGUCGGGAGCCAGCUCUGACUGUGUCGCGCAUCCUCGAGGUGGCUGAGGAGCUGGAGGUGGCUGCUGAGCGACAGCGGCUGGUGGGUGGAGGUGGAGCUACGCGGGCACCAACCUCUUCCCCGGCUCAGCUGGAGAUAGCUGCAGUGACUGCUCCCAGGAAGGGGGUCUCGCCGUGCUCCAGCUGUGGCGGUCCCCACCGGGCUGCUGAUCCCUGCUGUCCAGCUCGUUGGAGAAGGUGUCACAACUGCCAGCAGAAGGGCCACUACGCCAGAUUCUGCAAGGAACCACCUCAGAAGACGAAGCAGACCAAGAGGAAGCCAGUGAGGACUGUUGGAGUGCUGGCCGUGACGGAUGACGACCGGAAGAACCUGUGGACCGAGCUGCGGGUGGACCAGCAGCCACUGCGGAUGCUGGCUGACACUGGCUCGGCCAUGAGCAUCCUACCGUUGUCCGUCUACAGGAAGCAGUUCCGCCAUCUGCCCCUCCUGCCCACUGCAGUGCGCCUGGAGGCCUACGGCGGGUCAUCGCUGCUGGUGCAGGGGGUGGUGCAGGUGACGGUGCAGGCAGAGAACGGCAACAGCUCCCAAGUUUCACUGUACGUGGUAGACGCUGGUGUGCCCCUGCUGGGCAGGGAUCUGCAGGAGAAGCUGAAGUUGUCCGUGAUUCACGGGGCGACUGUGUGUGCUAUCCAGGAGCAGAUGCCAGAGGAGCUGCCGAGUCUCACUGGGUUCGUGCACAGGGUGAGACUGAAGACGGAGGUCAACCCAGUACAGCAGCGGCUGAGACCUCUACCGUACGCCGUGAGGGAAGAGGUGCGGGAUCAUCUGUUGAAGUUGCAACAGGCUGGAGUCAUCGAACCAGUCGACGCAUCCCCAUGGAUCUCUCCCAUAGUGGUGUCCAGACGGCGGAACGGGAAACUGAGGCUGUGUGUGGAUCUUCGAGAGGUCAACAAGGCGGUGGAAGCCAGCGGACAUCCACUCCCCGACAUGCAGGACAUGUUGGAGCAGCUUCAGGGUGCAACCAUCUUCAGCAGCCUUGACAUGAAGUCAGCAUACCAUCAGCUGGAUCUACAUCCGGAUUCAAGGUCGCUGACGACGUUCAUCACCCAUCAGGGACUGAUGAGGUACAGGAGGUGUCCCUAUGGGCUGAAGAGUCGUGGUCUGGAAGGAGUGCAGGUGUACCUAGAUGACGUCAUCAUCUACGCUGCGACCUCCAACCAGCACGAGAGGCGACUGACGGCUGUGCUGAAGAGGCUCAGGGAGCACCAGAUCACGCUCAACAUCGAGAAGUGCAAGCUGAGGAGAGAGCAAGUGGAGUUUCUGGGGUUCAUCAUCUCCAAGCAGGGGGUGGCAGUGAACCCAGACCGCAUCAAGGCUCUCCGAGAACUGCGAGCACCUGCUAGCCUGAAGGACCUGCAGGCCAUGCUUGGCCUGUUCGGCUUCUACAGCCGAUUCGUGCCGGCGUACAGCACGCUGGUGGAGCCACUGCAGUGCCUGCUGAGGAAGGGGGCGCCACCCUUCCAGUGGACUGGCGAACUUCAGGCGGUGAUGGACGACGUCCGGCAGCGGAUCCUGGGCAGCAGAGCGCUGGCCAUGUACGACCCAACGCUGCCGACCCGAGUCACCACAGACGCCAGCGCAGAGGAAGGCGAACUGGAUGAUGAUGUCGUGGCGGUGGCGGCAGUGACUGCCCAGCUCGGAGCAGUGCGGCGGGACGAGCUGCUGGAGGCGACACAGACUGACCCAGUGCUGUGCCAGCUGGUGCAGCAGAUCCCACGGCGGUGGCCGCGACGGCGCCGCGACUGCCCGGCAGAGCUGCAGCCCUUCUACAACUGCCGAGAGGAGCUCGGCCUGGUGGGAGACCUGGUCGUCCGCGGUCAGCGGGUGAUCGUGCCGGCGCACUAUGGAGCGGCGGAGAAGGUGGGCGUGGAUUUUAUCGGUCCAAUGGAAGCGCGCCGCCAGCACCGAUACGCGGUAGUGUUGGUAGACUACUUUUCCAAAUGGAUAGAAGUCGGCUUCUGCACAGAACCCAGCACGGAGGCGGUGGUGCAGUUUCUGGAGACGCUAGCAUCUCGAGAAGGUUACCCGAAGGAGCUGGUGUCCGACAACGGGACACACUUCACCUCAGCAGCUUUUGCAGACUAUCUGAGGAGUGUCGGCACGCGCCAUAUCCGGGUCACGCCGUACCAUCCUGCCGGGUCAGGUGCGGUGGAGCGUGCGAAUCGCACAGUGAAAAGUGCUCUCCAGGCGGCGGACCGGAGCGGCGAAGAUCGAGCGUGUUAUCUGCAGAAGUUUCUGCAGACGUACAGGAGCACGCCUCACGCCACGACGGGGCUGAGCCCAGCCGAGCUUCUGCACGGACGGAAGCUGAGGACACGUCUGCACGCGGCGGCUCUUCCCACGGAAGAACCGCAAGAUCGUGAGCUGCGAGACAGAGUGCAGAAGAGGCAGAAGAAGCAGAAGAGGUACAGGUCUCGCGGGUUUUAA